CGUAGACAGCGCCAUCGUACGCCAGCGUAAUGUUGGGAGUGCCUCGGAGUUUAUAUUGCAUCGGGAAAUGCAUGAAAUACGAAUAAUCCGACGGUGAAAGUCGGAAUAAAGUUACCAAAGAACGGUCGGAAGCCUAAAUCAUCUCGUUGUCAUUUAUUUGUUCAAAAAAGAACGGCCUGUCAAAGGAGUAUUUACAUUUUUCGGCCUGUUGCGAAGUGAAAAUCCCCGACCCAGGGAGCAGUGGACGAUGACUGGGCCGAGAAGAAGUGGAUAGACCUUAAGGCUGUGAUUGCGAGUGGCCGCUUAGCUAAACAGCUGAUAGACGGCAAGGUAGAACUUGAUCUUUGAUUCCACGCCGUCCGGUAAGCAAGUAACUGGUUGUUUACUAGUAACGUCUAUUACUUUGGAUUCCUUUAACCUUGAACUUUGCUUUUCGUUAAUUAUCGGAUCCUUUAUUUUCAGUUCUCACUAUUGCAUUUCUCGCCUAAAUAAUCCCUUAACACGACACGGAACGGUGGGGAGACGGUUAUAUAUUGUACUCUGGAAAUCCAGAUAUCAAACAUGAACCGAUACCUACCAGUGGCCAGACAACAUUUUUUUGCCGCAUUUGCCAGCACCAGCGUGGUGGUGAAGUCUAUCUGUGCCACGGUCAUAUUGCUAUACCUGCUGUCCUGGGCGGUGGACACUGAAUACGUUUUGGGGGUGACUCCCGGAUACCUUUUCCCCCCUAAUUUCUGGAUCUGGACUCUAGUGACCCAUGCGGUUGUGGAGCAGCACCUAUGGGAUGUUGUGGUCAGCAUUGGCACUGUUACCGCUGCAGGCCGGCUUCUUGAGCCCCUGUGGGGAGCUUUGGAGCUGCUCAUCUUUUUCGCUGUGGUGAAUGUCGCCGUGGGGCUCCUGUCAGGUUUCUCCUACCUGCUCACCUACGUUGCGAGCUUUAAUCUGGACUACCUGUUUGCAGUCCGGGUCCAUGGGAUGCUGGGCUUCCUCGGUGGAGUUCUGGUGGCUCUCAAACAGACCAUGGGGGACUUGACGGUGCUCCGUGUCCCCCAAGUGAGGCUCAAGGUGGCCCCCAUGCUGGUUCUGCUGUUGCUUGUCGUGUUGCGCCUUACGACGUUGCUAGAUACCACAGCCCCACUUGCAGCCUACGGCUAUGGCCUGCUUUCAGGCUGGGUCUACCUGCGCUUCUACCAGAAACACAGCAGAGGACGGGGAGACAUGUCCGACCACUUUGCUUUUGCGUCCUUCUUCCCGGAGAUUUUGCAGCCGGUGGUGGGUCUGCUGGCUGGCCUGGUGCACAGCAUCUUGGUCAAGAUCAAAGUUUGCCGCAAGAUGGUUAAGCGCUACGACGUUGGAGCCCCCUCGUCCAUCACCAUCAGUCUGCCAGGGACUGACCCCCAGGAUGCAGAAAGGAGAAGGCAGUUGGCCCUGAAGGCCUUGAAUGAGCGUCUGAAGAGGGUCGAGGACCAGUCAGCCUGGCCCAACAUGGAAGAUGAAGAGGAAGAGGAAGAGAUUGUGGUGCGAGCAGAUGCUGCUCUUCAAACAGAGAGGGAAACGUCACAGUCUGGGGGUGCCAGUUCCUCCCAGAGUCCGAAGGGACAGGAAUCGAGCAUCAUCAGCUUUGAAGAUGCCCCUGGGAAACCCUAAGGAUCACCAUGGAUACAUGGUGUUGCGGCCGACAUUACAUCCCAAAAAGCAACAGACACAUGAAGUUACGGGAACCAGCACACCAAGGCUGGACGGCAGAAGAGCUCCCCAAGUACACAUGCACUCACAGGCUCGCUCAUUGACACACGUUCAUGUUGGCCAUGGCUGCUAAGAGCGGAGACGGUCCCCAACACAGAUAUUUGUUAUGACAAUUAAUUGACUUAAUGGGCACCAUGUAGAAAACAUUGACUGCCACAACCCCCCCCCCUUCUUUUUUUUUGCAGCUAUAGGGAUUUCGGGAUUUGCAUUUUUGGACUUUCCUCGCUUUAAGCAAAUGAGUGAAGUGGUUAGAGGCAAGCUUCUCAGUCCCUCUUCAGAAGCUCAUGGCAGAGUUGGUGUCUCACAUUCAAGUUGCUCAUAGUCCCAAUGGCUAGACUCACUCAAGAAUUCUUUUGCCGAAGUCCUUUUUCUGCGUUUUGUCUCUGCUUAGGUAAACUGUCCGGAAGCCCCGUGGUGUUUGGCGUGUACAUCCAUUUUUUUUGUGCUGAUGAGUGGGCAUGAUAGUGUCUUAAGACUUUCCCUCCCCCUUCCACAAAGAAAUGACUUUAUAAAUACGCAAUGUCAUCCCUCAUGUACCACAUCUUGUUUUGUUCAAUUACUUUUCGAAUUUAAUUUCUAUUUCAAUAAAUCUGCAAAGUUGUGAAAUGUAUGAUUUAAUGGUGUUGCUGAUAAUUUUGCGCCAUCCUGGCUGAUGGUUUUUUCCCCUCUUCUUUCGGUGGAUCAUUUACUCCCUGGAGUACUUACUCAAAUAGUUCCUACUUUAUUUGUAAUUCUAGGAAUGGAGUGCACCCACUACUGCCUUACUUUGAUUUUUAUUUCUUUUGCAGAAUAGAUUCUAAAAGGGGUUUGAUAUGAAAAUCGUAGCUGGACUUGUGUCCAUUCUGUUCCAGAUGUGUUUUAGUGGUUAGGAUGCCUGUGCCAACAUGCCCUCAGUAGUUUCAGUAACUAAAAGCACAGGAGUUUUCAGGUUCUCCAUAGUGUGCUUUCCAUGCCUCUUUUGGAUUCCGUAUUGCUAAGAGCUCUUCUCCUCACUCGCGUGUUCCCUAAAGGUUGUAGAAUGGUAAUGUAUAGCGUCCCAUCUAAACACGUAGCUUGAGGAAAUCUUGCUUUUUGUUUGUAAAUAUUCCACAGCUGAACAGAGAAGGGAGCUGUGUCCCUUCUUUAAUUGUAUUCUCACUGAUUGUGAAAUGGCUGCAGUACCCAAAGCCAGACACUACAUUUGGAAUAGGUUUCUUUUUCUUUCUUUAAAUGGAAUAAAGAACCUUGUAAUUGUA